AUGCUGUCAUUCAAGAUUGAUAAUGAGCAUCAAAUUCCCUCCGCUGCUCCGACUCUCACGAGGAAACAGAGGACACGCAGGCGUCAGUCACGUUACAUGAACGGGAACAAGGAUUCCAGUGCCCUAUCUCCGCGUCCUCAUACUUCUCCUUCUCCUCUGGCUCCCCCUCCUCCAGCUCCCCUUCGCUCGGCUCUUCCAAAACCAGUUGUACAAUAUUCUCUUCCCGAGUUGCUAUUGCCGCUACCUAUGUUACCCAUCGACGAACACAUCUGCGAAUCCUACACUGCCCCGUCUCCUGAAAAGGUCACUGCCAGUCACAUUCUGAAUCUCUCCAAGGAUGGAGAUAGUUCUUUGUGUAACAAAAAGGCUAGUAAGGGGAAGAAACGCAUGCGCACUCGCACUCGCACCUCUAAGCCAAAAUCUUCCAAGGACCUUGAGCCAAACUCCUCCACGUCUGUCGGUAAUUCUCAAGGUGAAGCUACUGAAGGCGUGACUAAAUCCACCAGCAAUGAUGAAGCAGGAGACUCACUCGUUGUCAAUGACACAAGUACAACCUCCGCCCCGGCCCCGGCUCCGACCCUGGCUCCGGUUACAGUUCGAGAGAGAUGGAUUCCGAACUUCGACUGGCUCCCUUGGUGGCUGCCUAAGUUUGCUAUUAAGAGCAGACUCAAAGCACCGAGAAUGGUGACUGUUACUCUUCGACAGCAACCACAGCAAACUAAUAGCACCACUAGUGCUGUUACUGUCCCGCAGCAGCAGCCCCAGCAGCCCCCACAACAGCCUCAGCAGCAAAAAAAUAGCGCUAUCGGCCCUGUGCAGGCAAACACUAGCAAAAAAAGGCGUAUCCGGAAGCUCCGAAACAGGAGGCCCCUUUCUCUUGAAGAGCAAGCCGAGGCUGCUAAGGAUGACGCCAGAACCGCUUUGUGGAACGAAAGCUGCAAAACCGCGAAACGCGUCACUAUCGGGAGGUACGGUAAAGUGCGUUUUUCCAGUGUUGAUACGCUUUCUAAUGAGGAAUAUGCCCAUUUGACCUCAAAGAAUCGCUAA